UGUUAAUGGUUUGUUCCCGCCACAAAAGAGUGACUUUCCCCUUCUAGGCGCCAUUUUGCUAUCACAAUAAACUACCCUACAGCCGUACUACAGAGCAAAGAUAUGGAAUCUUGUGUAAAGGAAAUGGCUUCUUCUUCUGGGAAAACCAUUUUGGAUUUUUUCAAGCAACCGGCAGCGAAGCGCCUCAAACGGAUCUCUUCGCCACCGUCGUCUCCCCCCUCCACUGUUCUCGUCGCCAACAGCUUCUCUUCUACUGCCUCGUCGUCGCCGACGGACGGCGAUGCCGACCAAAACGACGUCGUGCUGCCAACCACAACGGUGCUCACUCCUGACCAGAAAUCGAGAAUCGAAUUCAACAAAUCCCUAGCCAAAGCGAAACGCAAUCUCAAGCUCUGUGCUGAGAUGUCUCUAGUUCUGUUGUUAAAGGUGAGGGGGCUUAGUAUGUGA